AUGGACUUACGGCUGGACCAUGAUGACCGAUUGAGGGAGAAAUCCCGAGUUCCCGAUAAGCCGGAGAAUGUCCGUGGUUACACCAUUUCGUAUGGCGUCGCUACUCCGUCACGACGAAUUGUCAUCGAAGGUGUCAACACGAAUUCGUUCACCCUGAAUCGAUUAGAGCCGGAUACGGACUACGUAUUCGCCGUAGGUGCUUAUAACGAAGCCGAAGGCGAGGAUGGAGAACCAGUAUUUCUUUCGGCUCGAACGUUGCCAAGUGACGGUGCACCCGCCUUCUCCCUGUGGCCACCUAUCGCUGUACGAGCACAAUCGCCUGCUCCUGGAAUAGUUACGGUAUCAUGGGAGGAUCCGAAUCCUGAACAGGAUAUCGAGAACGAAAUCGAUGGCACUCAACGACACUACCUCAUACAGUAUGGUAUCUACCAAUCGGAGCAAUUGUCCAAAAUGCGUUCGAAUUCACGGCAUGUCAAAUUGACCGGUUUACUACCAGGAAAAGAGUACGAGAUCGCUGUGAAAGUGGUCGGUGAUGAUGGACGAGAAAGUCCAUGGAGUAUUCGUGACAUUGUGCUCACCCCUCCAGAUCCAUCUAAAGAAGUUUCGCGAUAUGACUGGGAAUGUGAUUUCGAGAAAGAUCUGUGUGGAAUGCGCAACGGUGAUGGCGUCAAUUGGAUACGUAGCGGUGGAUCGCCACCUGCCGAAAGUGGUGAGUAUUACUUGUUAUAG